CAUGCCAGUGCUGCCACAGAGUACAGAGUUAGCGUAUUAUAUGUUUUGUGGUUAGCGUUGUUGUUUGAUUUUUCAUUACUAAAUAAAUAAAUAUUAAUUUGAUAUCAACAUUAAUUAGUAAAUUUAAGCGCUUACAACAGUAUAAAGAGAAGAACAACAAAUAAUUUGAAGAAACUCUAAUAACGGCUGUUAGAAUUUUUGAAAAGGGGAUACUAUUUAACACAAUAUAAUGUCAACGAUAACCUCUCCAUCAGUAGAAUUAAGUUCAUACAGAGACCAGCAUUUUAAGGGUACAAGAGCGGAACAGGAUAAAUUACUUAGGUUAUCUUGUACACUCUAUGUUGGAAAUUUGUCAUUUUAUACUACAGAAGAACAAAUAUAUGAAUUAUUUUCUAAGUGUGGUGAUAUUAGAAGAAUUAUAAUGGGUCUAGAUAAGUACAAGAAGACACCAUGCGGUUUUUGUUUUGUAGAGUACUACACCAGACCAGAUGCAGAAAAUUGUUUGCGGUAUAUAAAUGGUACUAGACUGGAUGACAGAAUUGUAAGAACGGAUUGGGAUGCUGGAUUUAUAGAAGGAAGACAGUAUGGCCGAGGAAAAACCGGAGGGCAGGUGCGAGAUGAAUACAGAACGGACUUUGACUCUGGUAGAGGAGGAUAUGGAAAAAUUAUACAACAAAAAAUUGGUGGCAUUGAGACACCAAGUUUUUUAAGAUAGAUAUAAUUUCCUGUUUAAGUUUAGGUAAAUAUUAGUUGUGUAUAUAUAUUUUUUUUUAUAUAAAAACUGUCAUUUUUACUUUUGAACUGUAAUUAGAAAAUAAUUGUGAA